AAUUACAAAACCCCCAGCAUCUCCUGAUCUGAGGCACACUCUUCAAGUCCAGGUCCUUCUAAAGAAAACAUCGUCCACAGCAGCUGCAGGUGCCCAGAUCAUUCAGGUCUCUGUGUGGCUGGGGACACUCUGUCCUUAGAGACACAGUAAACGUGGAACGCCCUUUGUGUGAGUCACCAGGGAGAAUAUUUUCCCCUCAAGUUCUUAAUUUAUUUCUGUGUUUUUUAGGCUGAAGCAUUUUGCCCCUAAGAAAUAUGAUCCCACUACACAGUUAAAUUCAGGUAGAUGAGAAGAAUUUUGUUUAACAAAGGCUAAAUAAAUAGGCACACAAGGGUACACUUUCAGGGCAGGUUGGCACUGUGCACAAAUCAAACCCAUCCUCCCUGGCAAGGAAACACAUUUUUAUACUUGAAGGGUGAUCAGCUCUGAAAUCAGUUCUUUCUUCUAAGAACAUUCCUAAGUCUUGGGUCAAAAUCGGACCCUAGAUCUGUCUAUGAACAUAGCAGGCAACCUCUAACACUACAGUGGGUCAACCUCUCCCCAUGCUGGCAUGUCUGCAUAACUCCAAGACUGGGAAUUUUCCAGAUGUAGGUUGAUCCAAAUUCCAGUCUGAACACAUCUGUAGUAUUUUUCUCCAUCAAUGACUUAUAUUCCCUGGGUCUCUUGUUAACAUGUCCAAUCACACAGGACAAAAUUAACAGGGACACAGAACUACAAUUUAAGAACGUAUUUCGGAUUCAGAUUCUUUAGUCUUAGCAUUACCUUUGUGGUAAGUAAACAUCCAAUUCUCCUGAUGCUGAAAUUUAAUCUUUUGUUUUAUUCUCACUUAAAAGUCCUGUUUGAGAUGCUUUUGCGAUUCCAGAGUUUUAAAUUCACACCCUCAAACCCAGUCUAUAACUAUGCUAAAAAUAACUGCAUAUCUGGCUUAAUUAUGCCUCCUGCAUCUAUUCUCGUUUCUUGCUAAAUUCACUAUCCACAUCGCAUCGAGGGACUCCUACUGCCAAUGUACACGCACACAUUUGCACAGAGAGGCACCACUUCGUCUUUUGAAAGGCAGAAAGACCUCAAAACCCAGCCACUCCCCACCACUUCUCCCAAAGUGUGGCCACAGUGAAGUCACCUGCCUCGCUACGCCCCCGCUAAUUCGGCUAAGCAGAGGACAAUAUUAACAGGUGACUGAUUCAAAGCUUACUAAGCAAGCCAAAAUGAUUAUUUUUUGCUGGAAUGCUCCUUAGGCAAGAAUCUGUAAGUUUCCUCAUAUACUUACUGGAACUUUUCCCCACCAGCUGAGGGAAAAUAUGCAAAUUAUAUAACUUUCCUGAACAAGUGUCUUGAGACUUCGUCAGAACCUACUUCUCGCCUGCAGGUACGAAACCUGCAUUACCCAUAACGUUUAUUAUUUCUUACUCUCCAGAACACUGUCAGCAGAGGGAAUGUUCAACUACCUCCGGAAACGCUUUACCAGCCACAUCAGAGAACGCAGCCGGCGAAAGGCAAGGCUUGUCUCUAAAGAUGGGAGGUGUAACAUAGAGUUUGGCAAUGUAGAACAGUCGAGGUUUGUCUUUUUGAUUGAUAUAUGGACAACUAUCCUGGAUCUCAGGUGGAGAUACAAAAUGACUAUCUUCAUUUCAGCAUUCUUAGGCAGCUGGUUUCUGUUUGGCCUCCUCUGGUACGGUGUGGCAUACAUACACAAAGAUCUUCCAGAAUUCAAUCCUUCCAUAAAUCACACCCCCUGUGUUGAGAAUAUCAACGGCCUGACUUCAGCUUUCCUGUUCUCCUUGGAGACCCAGGUAACCAUCGGUUAUGGCUUCAGAUGUGUCACAGAACAAUGCGCCACUGCUAUUUUCCUGCUCAUCUUUCAGUCUAUCCUGGGGGUCAUCAUCAAUUCCUUUAUGUGUGGUGCCAUCUUGGCCAAGAUAUCGAGGUCCAAAAACCGGGCUAAGACCAUCACCUUCAGCAAGAAUGCUGUCAUCAGCAAACGUGGCGGGAAGCUCUGCCUCCUUAUUCGCGUGGCAAACCUCAGGAAGAGUCUGCUGAUUGGGAGCCACAUCUACGGAAAGCUUCUGAAGACCACCAUCACCCCAGAAGGGGAAACAAUCAUUUUGGACCAGGUCAACAUAGAAUUCGUAGUUGAUGCUGGCAACGAGAAUCUCUUCUUCAUUUCCCCUUUAACUAUUUAUCACAUAAUAGAUAAGAACAGCCCCUUCUUCCACAUGGCAGCAGAAACCAUUCUGCAGCAAGAUUUUGAAUUGGUGGUGUUUCUAGAUGGCACCGUUGAAGCCACUAGCGCUACCUGUCAAGUGAGGACAUCCUACAUCCCAGAAGAGGUGCUCUGGGGUUAUCGCUUUGCUCCCAUUGUGUCCAAGACCAAAGAAGGGAAAUACAGAGUAGACUUCCAGAACUUCAGCAAGACAGUGGCAGUGGAGACUCCCCACUGUGCCUUCUGUCUGUACAAUGAGAAAGAAGCUAAAGCCAAAGAGAAGAAAGGCUAUGACAAUCCUAGCUUUGUCUUGUCAGAAGUUAGUGAAACCAGUGACACAAAAAUGUAGUUCCAGAUGGUCAUGGGACUGUAUCUUUUUUUCAUAAUGAAUUCAAUCUUGAGAGGAUUAAUAACUUAGUAAAACAAAAAAGAGACACAGGUUUGGUUUUGCUCUAAAACAGCAUUUAUCUUCUCAAAAGCCUCAAAUCGAAGAGGAAAAAUACCAGUGAUCUUCAGAACACUAUUUAACUACACUAUAUAUAUAUUUCAUAGAAUUUAUAUUUUUAUACCUUUGGGACAUUUUAUGAAGCUGCUAUGUUGGAAUGUCCAACUCACUUAAGUUCCCAGAGGCAUGCAGUUCUGUUUAAAAGCCUGAAAAGAUGGAGAGAAACUUUAGGGCGUGUCAAAGAUACCCAGCUGUUGGAAAGAGAACAUGAAAAGGGGAGACAGAAGGCAAAGCUAAAGAAACCUAAGGGUCUUAGGAGCCAAAACCUCAAAAAAUUGUAUGUUUCUGGUUGCCAAAGUCCUCUGUGAAAGCAGACUCUCUGGCUCCGGAACACUUGAGCACUUUUGAACGUUUUGAAACAACUCCUUCUUUCUUUGAGGCCGGUACAUCUACAGAAAUGGAGCAUUAAGGGACAGUACCUGCUUAGGGAGCUGGCAAAGACAAAGCUUGGACCACCCUGCUGCAUCUAGAGCUCUGUAAAAUACAGCUUCUCUCCUGUGAAAGCCUUUGAUUCUUUUCAGGGAAAAAUAACCAAAUGGAAAUGAAAAGUGAAAAAGCAAGGAGAAGCAGAGACCCGCUGUGGGAGAAGAGGAAGUUUGCUGCUUAUUCCAACUGGCUCCCCCUUCAGCUACUCUUCUCUCCACUUCCCCAGGAGCUGGCUAACUGUGAAAUUAGGAAGCAUCUGAAGACAACUGUCCAGAAAGAAGGUGAGCCACAGCGGGGAGCUGAAGAGCACACCGAUUGCUUCGCACCUGGCAGAAGAGCAAUCCACUGGGAGAAGAGAGGAAAUUCCCAGCUCUAGAUGUAUCCUUCAAAUGCAAACACAGAUUAUCUUCUCCUUUGAUGCAUGAAGGUCUUGUUAAAACAAAAACACAGCAUAGGAGCUUCCCACCAACGGUGGGCUUAAGAUUUAGUUCCAAACCGUCCAUCUCACCACAGCAAAAUGUGUAUCCCUACAGGAAACAUGCUCUGCUCAGUGGUAGCUAAGUGGUGGUGAACAUUUUCCGGGUAUGAUUUUUGACAUUCAAGUUUCAAAUGCAACAAGAAGCAUCAAUAAUUUUGGUGAAUUUCCACUUCCUCACAGCCUUCCCCCCUUCCCACUCUGUCCCCAACUAGUUCUUUUGCUGACAGUUAAGCGGCAGACCAAAGAGAGGGUUUUUGGGAACUCUUCCCGGUGAUGUAAUUCAGCUCAUCUAUUUUCAACUCUGUGGUAAAAUGGAAGCAUCUUUUUAAAAACUGCUGGACUGAGCGGUUUUAAAGGAAGGGGAGAAUUAAGCAGGUCAAAUGAUGACAAGACAAAGCUAUUUUGCAAAUGAACAUAACGGGAGUAUGGAAAUCAAACUCUGGGAACCAAGAGUGUUCAGGUUUCAGUCCCAGUGUAGUAUCAACUCCUUUGUUGGUUCAGAACAAAUCACUUUCGUAUGUAUCUCAGAUUUGCCAUCUGUAACACGGGACAUAAAGUGCUUAAGCUGUACAAAGAACAAUGUUACGAACAAUUAUGUCACUAAAGCACUUUAAAAGCCAAUUCUCAACUGUCUCAAUCUUUCCCCUUUUCAAUACACCACUUUUACACCCUUCUUUACUUCUAGAUGGAAAGGUCAGCACACAAAGUUCUGUUCUCACCACGCGUCAGCAUUACUAAAAAUGGCUUUGCUAAGGCUACAACUACGGAAUGCUGGAACUGCCAGCCAAAACCUUUAAGGUAAUGCACAGAUAUUGCCCAAUAUUUCAAGUGUACUGUUUUUGCAACCUUGAAAAGCGACAUUGUCAACUAUAAAAAUAUUUUUACAGUCCCAAAUACGACAGCACUUGAGCCCCUCCAACCAUUCGUGCAUCCCAGGUUGCCUGCUUGGAAGGACGGCUGUUUUAUCCUCCGGUCUGAAUGGCACACCGCAGCACAGUGAGCGAUGGGUGGCCAUCCGCAGAACUCCAGGGGGGAGCGGGGAAGUAAAAUGAAGUCUCAAGAGUCCCAGGCUUGUCUGAAUCAAAAGGCUGUGUGCUGCUCAGCCCUUCCAUAGCUGCUGCUACAUUUCCUUUAUAGGCUUCCUGUGCAGUUGCCCUGUGUGUAACUUCCCUAGAAAGCAGUACGGCUGGUAUUCGAGGCUUACAAGUUUUACCUCCUACCCUGGGAGAAGAGAUGCACCAAGACACCCGUAAUAGAAAUAGAAAGAUAGCCUUCACUGUACAAAAAAAGCAAGACCAUAGUAAAUCCAUUUAAAAGGUCAAACCCAGCUAUGCAAUGAGGAGACUGGGAAGAUUCCUAUUUUCUUUAAGUAAAGCUGGUUCGGGAUGUUACUGCUAGGGGUGGAAAAAUAUAACCAAAUACUACUCCAGUGCCUGUCCAGGAGGAGGUGUACAUCCUCCAAAGUUUAAAGGGUCCCUGAAUAACGCACUUUCAGGCCCAGCCCUUGGAAAGCCAUCUCAAAAUCCUAAACCUCCAAGUUCUUCACGACACAGCUUUUUAACCUUUCGCCCUAUGUCUCUACAGCAGAAGCACGAGGAGGCGUUAUUCCUUGUCUAGAAGUAUUACGUGCUACCACAGCUCAAACAGAAGGCUUCCCAUGCUGUCCCAGCAACAACUAGUCCUCUCCACAAGUGGAACAUGCUAUGGAGGCCACCAGCUUAGUCAGUACAAAGCAAAGGACUGAAGAGCAAGUCCCGUCUCUUCAGGAGAAGAAAUCAGACCAUGCGCUUACUGCUGGAUUAAGGCCUGAAGGAUUUAGCUGUGACAGUGUUCGCCAAGCUGCCAGGCUUGGGAAUAACGUGUCUGCACUAAAUUUAAUUUAUCUUCUCAUUUCACAAACAACAUGUUUCUUCUACUGUAUUUAUUUUAAACAUUCAUUCAAGCUGUGCAUAAUAUUUCAAUCAUUUUGAAAUAGAUUUACCCUCCUGCUGGCAAAUGAAUAAGGCAUCCUGCUGACUGCUGGAGAAUGGGCCAUGAAUUAAAAUAACUGCUUUUAGCAAACUGACAUAUGCUAGUUAGCUGUCUCCACACACUCUUUGGUAGUAACUGGUGAAAAGAGACCCCUAAAUAAUAAUAAUAAUAAUAAAAACAGACCCUGGCAAGCCAUUUAGAUACUCAUAGUGACUUGCAUGGUUGGAAUGUGGCAGACCACUGCUAACUAGCUCACAGCAACUGCCUGGAUAACUUCUGCGUGUACACGCUUCCUUGUAAACUCAGCUACUCACCCAUAAACAAGCCGGCAGUGUGCAAAGCCCCGACACAAGCGAGAGCAGCUGAGGUGUCAUAUCCUCUUUCCUCUCCCCAGGCAGCAAACUGAUGUGGUUAGACUCAUGCGAAUUCAGCUGGGAAGAGCCUUUAUUUCCCCUUCCCUUUUAUUUUGCCCCCUUCCAUUCACCCCCGCCUUGAACUGUCAUGGUGCUGGCCCAAUUCCUGUUCCCCACACAAGCAGGGAGAAACCACAGCACAACACGAGGAAUGCAAGCAGAGCCCCUGCCGCGGCAGGGACGGGGGAAGCCGAGCAAGUUCCUAAACCCUCUGGUGAAUCUGUGCCUGCACAGCUUCUCGCUGCAGCCUGGGGAACCUCUGCGACAGCACCGUCACCGCCCUAAAUCCUAUAUAAGCCGGUGAGGAUGCCACUGGGACAAAAGCGAGGAAGGCUAAAGCCC